AUGACCAAGGUCUUCGUCGGGCUGCGGCUCCUCCACUGGCAGCAUCUUCACAGCGCCGCUGAGAAUACCGCCCUUUGUCGGCACAACAGUGUCAAUCUCCUGCAUGGUGUCCGGGUCCGCCAGCGAGAUGUAAUCCACCUCAAACAUGACCCUAUCCUUGGGCGCCAGCUUCGACUGCUCCGCCAGGACGUCAGCCGUCACCUGGUUCGCGGCCCCAAGGAUCGUCUCCCGGUCCAGCGCGCCGUCCCGCUGGUACUUUUCUUCUGCCGCUUUCAGUGCGCGGUUCAGCAACGUCGCGACCCUGCGUCUGCGCUCGCCGAGGUAGACGUUACGCGAGCUCAGCGCGAGGCCGUCGUCCGCGCGCGUCGUCUCGCCGAUGACGACGUCCAUGGGGAGCAUGAAGUCUUCCACCAUGCGGCGGAUAACGACCGUCUGCUGAACGUCCUUUUGGCCAAAGUAUACGCGCUCCGGCUGCACAAUAUUGAACAGCUUCAUGCACACCGUCGCGACGCCCCGGAAGAAAGUCGGUCUGCUCGCGCCCUCGAGGACCUCCCCCACAGGCGUAAUCGUCACAAAGCUCCCUUUACUCCCGACCUCUUGCCCGGGGAAGCCAGAGGGAUACAUCUCCCCCGUCGUCGGCGCAAACACAGCGCUCACGCGGCCGAGCAUAUCCCCGUCGCCCGCCAGCUCGCGGUCCAAGUUCCGCAGGAUUUCGGAGUCGCGCGCCCAGGUUACCGGGUCCUCUGCGAUGCCGAACUGGGCCGGGUUGACGUAGAUGGAGACGAUGACAUGGUGGUUCUCGCGGGCGGCGGCGCGGAUGAGGGAGAGGUGGCCCUCGUGGAGGGCACCCAUUGUCGGGACGAGGCCUACGGAGCGGUAGUUUAG